UAGAGGCGCUGCUCGUCGUUUCCCUACUGGACGACGCGGAUGUUGGCGCGGUAAGGGGAAUGGGAGAACUUUUUGCAGGAUCCCCUAACGUCAGUGCCCACCAGUUGUUCAUCUUGUAGUUCCAGUGUCUAUAGUGUAAAAUUAUUGUGUGAUUCCGGGUGACGAAACGGAGCUGAGUGGAGACAGCCUGUGAGCAGAUCGUAUUUUGAAAACGAAAUACAAUAUCCGUUUGUAAAAAGCUUUCACGACCAUCGGGUAUUUUUGUUCGGCUUUACUUGAUUCUUAUCGUACUGAUCCACUUAUUGCAACAUGGCCAGUUUUUGUAAAUCAGUUUGCAAAUCGAAUAAAUGUAAAACGACAAUCCGUUCUGAUACAGCAAGUUACGUUUGGACAAUUGAAGAUUUCCAUUUUCACGAAGCCAAAGGAGAACAAUUAUUAUCAUCUGCGUUUUCAUCUGUCACGAAUAAUCGAGUUAAAUGGCGCUUGGUACUUUGGCCUGACGGCGAUACUGAUGAAAAGGAUUCUAUUGGUCUGUUCAUAUAUUUGAGUAUACAUAGCAGUAUUGAAAAUAACAAAAAAAUAUUCGCAGGAACUACAUUUUAUGUUGUGAAUAGUAAAGGUAAAGAAGAAUCCAAAUGUCCAUUGAGUAUUAGAGAAUUCUCUAUCCUCACCAACAGAGCUGGUUGGGGCUUAUUCAUUAAAAAAGAUGGGGAAUUUAGAAACAAGAUUCUGUCGAACAAUACAUUGACGAUUCGCUGUGAAGUGAAGUUCUCUGACAUGGAAUGCAUCACUACGAGUACAAGUUCUCAUCAAUGUGACUGUGGCAUUAAAAUGCCUGAAUGUAACCUCUCUGAUAACUUUGCAUCAUUAAUUAAAAACCAAACGUUAACGGACGUUGUCCUUUCCGUGAAUGGUAAAGAGUAUCCUGCCCACAAGGCUGUGUUAGCUGCUCGUAGUCCAGUUUUCUGCGCCAUGUUCACCCACAGUACAAAAGAAAGCGAGCUCAAUCGAGUUGAUAUUAAGGAUAUUGAAGAAGCUGUUGUGGAAGAAAUGCUGAAAUACAUUUACACCGGAAAAUGUGAGAAUUUAGAUGGAUUGGCCGAAGGAUUAUUGACAGCAGCCGAUAAAUACGAUUUGUGUGGAUUGAAAGUCAUAUGUGCGAAGAAACUAAUCAGGGGAUUGUCAGUUGAGAAUGCAACGAAUGUUCUUAUAUUGGCCGAUAUGCAUCAUUAUGAAGACCUAAAACGACAAGUGAUCAAGUUUAUUGUUACCAACUGUACUGAAGUUGUGAACACUGAAGCUUGGUUAAAAAUGCUCUCAUCGAAUUCUAAAUUGGCGAAUGAAGUUUGCAAAUCCAUUUUGCACGUAAAUGAAUCUCAAAUGGUGAAAUACUCAUACACGUUCUUCGCCGUAUUACUUAUCACUUUUUUGUAUGAUGUAAUUUUUCCAUGUUUGUAUUUCUUUUUUUCUGGUUGAUAUUUUGUUUCUUUCGAUUAUGUUUUCUAGUAAAAUGAUUAUUACCUAAGACGUAUAAACCUUUAAUACAUUGUAGUAUGCUGUAGUGUA